AUGGCAGGUGGCGAUGAGCUUGAGUACACAAAGGUGCUGAGCGAGUCAUACGUCUCCCGGAAUGCCCCGCUGGGCUUUCCAGCAAGAUUCCACAGGGUGUGGUUCACAGAAACCACCGAUGUGCUUCUGAAGAACGAAGCUGGGGAAGCCUGGGAGGGCCGAGUGACCAAGAAGGCCGCUGACGAGAAGAAGCCGGACUCUUGCAACAUCACCGGCGGGUGGGGCAUCUUUGUCAAAGCAAACGGGCUGCAGGAAGGCGACGAAGUCAAGUUUCAGCACCAGCCUGCCACCAGCUCCAGUAAGGCAGCUAUCCGCAUCACUGUGCUCAGCAGAGGCAACACGAAUGAGGCUGCGGCCAAGCGCCAGGCAGCCAAGCGCCAGGCAGCCCAGCUCGGCAAGCCCGGCCGCAAGCCGGCCUCGCCUGCGGCAGCCCGCACGCCGGGGCGCAAGCGGCCCCGCCAGGAGGCGCGCCCGCCCGAGCACCCCGCUCAGCAGCAGGCGGCGCAGCCGCGGAGGGGCCCUGGCACCGCGGCAGCGGCGGCGGCGGCGUUGGCUGCCAGAGCAGCGGCCGCAGUGGCAGCCGAGCAGCCGCCUACCCUGGCUGCUGGCGAGCGCGAAUACAUCCGGCACAGCCGGCAGCAGCCCGAGCAGCAGCAGCAGCAGCAAGGGGUGGAGGAGGCGGCAGCAUGGCAGGCAGCAGAGCAAGAGGCAGCCGGGCGGGAGCAGCAGGAGGAGGAGGCUGUGCUCCAGGAGGAGCAGCCAGCUGAGCAGCAGGUGAAGUCUCCUUACAGCGGCUGCUACGAUCUCCCGCCUGGCGAGUCAUCUGACGACGCAGCGGAUGCGCCGGCUGCGCCACAGGCAGCAGCGCGGGCGCCAGCAGCGGCAGCUGCGGCUGUUCCAAGCCGCGGCGAAGAGGCGGAGCGUGGGGCCAAGCGGCAGAGGCCCGCCGCUGCUGCCGCUGCUGGCGUGGUGGCGGCUGCGGCCGCUUCUGUGCAGCCUCUGGAGGCGGCUUCACACCAGGCUGAGCGUGACGCCGGCGCCGGCGGCAGCGGCGGCGAGGAGGGCGACCCACGGGAGGGCGGGCUGGCCGCUGGCGCGCCAAAGCUCACGGCCGGAGCGCUUGUGGGGCGCACCGUGCUGCUGCGCUGCCCAGCCGGCCCCGCCCUGCACAGCCGGCGGGAGUGGGUGGCGGGGCGAGUGCUGGAGCCCGUCGGCAGCAGGCCUGGCAUGCUGGUGGUGCAGCUGGUGGGGGCGAACAGCCAGCAGCAGCAACACCAGGAGGGCGAGGAGCAGCAGCAGCAGCAGCAGCAGCAGCAGGAGGAGGGUCAGCCAGCCGCGGCAGCGCCAGCGGGAGGCAUCGAGGAGCUGUCUUUCUUCAACCCGUCUGAUGUGGCUGCGCAGCUGCCGGAGGGGCUAAUCGGCUGGACAGUGAGGAAGCACUUCCCUGGGUUCGGGCCCCGCAAGUGGAUUGGCAAGGUGGAUGGGUUUGUUGCAGAGUGCCAGCUGUACCACAUCACCUAUGAGGAUGGGGAUGGCGAGGAGGCCGAGCUUCAUGAGCUGCUGCCGGUGCUGAGAGGGCCCCAUCGAGCGCAAAACGGUGCCCGGCUGGCGCCGGCUGGCGCGCCCUCCAGGCCAGCCGCCGGCGGCAAGAAACGCGGGCGGCCGCCCAAGCAGGCGCCGCCUGGCGAGCCGCAGGCCGCGGCGGCGGCCGUGGCGGCUGCCGGCCGCGGCCGCAGGGUUGCGGCCGCCGCUGGGGCGGAUGCCGCGGCUGGCGGUGCGGCCUGGGUGCAGGUGGAGGCCACCCCCGUGGCGAUAGCAGAGGCGGAGGAAGGAGGCUUUUAUGCGGCAGGGGGCGCGGGGCACGACCGCCACGUGCUGGCUUUUGACAGGGAGGCUGGCAUGGCUCGCCCGGUGGGCCCCUGGAUCGUCGACCGCCACAAGGGCACUGUUCUGGGCCGCGCCGCUAGGCUGGACAAACGCCACCUGCCCGACCGCCAGCUGCCCGACGGCGGCGAGGAGGGCCGCGCCUACCGGAGCCCCUGCGUGCCCGGCUGGCUGGGGGUCAGUAUUGUGGAGAGCGACGAGGAGCAGGUGUGGCAUCCCGGCUACAAGGGGCAGUACCACCCUGUGUUCUGGGACUCUCACUGCGCCGUCAAGCACAAGGUCCCCAGCGCCUAUACAGAGACGGUCGAAGAAGCGGCGCUCCUGUACGAUCGCAUGGCGCUUUCCUACUUUGGAAGCGGGGCAGAUACCAACUUCCCGCCAACCGAGGAGCUGCUGGCGGAGCUCGGGGGCCAGGAGGAGGGCGCUCGCUCCCAGGUCAUCCCCCUGGCCGCCCGCCUGCUGUUCAUGGAGCAGAGCAUUCCCGACGAGGCGAUCGCCACCGAUGUGUCGCAGGAAGAGUGGGAUGAGUGGGAGUCGUACAUCCAGGACAACCACCUGCUGCGCCGCCCCGCGGCGGACGCCCCGCGCCAGCUGGCCGCCAGGCUCAAGUGGCUGCUGCAGCAGGCGAGCGCGGCGGGGCUCCCGGGGCCUCUUGGUACCCCUUUGGUACACCCCAGCGCCCUGCUGCCGCCGUACCGCGGCGCCGCCAUGCGCCGCUUCAUGGCAGCCUGCGACGCCUGCACAGAGGUGGGAACCAACAAGGACCACUACGCUCCCGAUGCGGCCCACUGCUUUGCCUGCGCCUCCACCGUAAAGAAGGGUGGCGGCGCCUCGUUCCGACACAGCUGCAACAAGCUAUCUGCGCUGAUACGAGAGCUCGAGGUGGCGGUCAUCUCUCAGGACGCUCUCAGUUCUUUCGCGAGCGGCGAGGGCGAGGAGGAGGCUGCUGCGGCGGCGGACGAUGAGCAGCAGGGGCUCGACGCCAAGCUCCGGCUGUGGCGCACAGGGUGCCCCGAUGGCGGCCAGUCAGAUGAUGCCAGGGAGCAGGCAGCGGAUGCGCGGCGGCAGCGGCAGCGCGGCCAGGCCGGCGGCGCCGCCUUGCCGCGGCGCGGGGCGCGGGGCGGCCGCGGCGGCCGCGGCGCCGCCGUGCGGCAGGAGAAGCCCGUCCCGCCAGGCGCGCCUCGGGUCAUCGUCAUCGGCGGCGGCGUGGCGGGCCUGAAGGCGGCGGCAGACCUGCAGCGCUCGGGCGCGCAGGUGACGGUGCUGGAGGCGAGGGACAGGCUGGGAGGCCGCAUCCACACCCACCAGCUGGUGGCGGGGGAAGUGCGGCGGCCGGUGGACCUGGGGGCGACCUUCAUCUGCGGCACCUCCCGCAGGCCACCUGUCAACCCAAUGCUGGAGUUUGCGGUGGAUGUGCUGGGCCUGAGCCUGCGCCCCAAGCGACGCGACGGACCUGCCGCCACCACUCUUUACGACAAGCAAGGGCUGCCCAUCCCCGACGAGCAGCUGGAGGAAGCCGAGGAGAAGUACGCGGAGCUGAUGGAGCAGCUGCUGGACAGGGGCGAGAAGGCGCGGGCAGGCAGCACCGAGACGCUGGCGAAUGCGAUCCGCAGCAUCCUGGAGGACUUGCAGCUGGAGGCCAUGGAGCGGCAGAUCGUUGAGGCGUACCUGGUGGACCUGUACGUCACCACCACCGACCGCAUGAGCCUCAAGGGCAGCGUCAGCUCCGGAUACGACGGCGACCACGAGCUCGUGGUGGGCGGCUUUGGCCAGGAGGAGCCGCUGUGGGCGCACGCUGUGGUCUGCACGCUGCCCCUCGGGUGCCUGCAGAAGCAGACGGUCGCCUUCCAGCCGCCGCUGCCAGCCUACAAGCAGCAGGCGAUCGACGGGCUGGGCAUGGGCACAGAGAACCGGGUGGCGAUGCUGUUUGAGGAGGUGUUCUGGCCGGAGGGGCCACACUUCCUGCGACCCCUGCACGGCCGCUACACCUUCUCAAACCUGCAUGCGCUGGGCGUGGAGAACGUGCUGUGCGCCUGGGUGCGGCCGCAGGACAUCGAUGCGUACGAGGCCAUGAGCGACGGCGAGGUGCUGGCGGAUGUGGAGGCGGCGCUGCGUGAGAUGUUUCCCAACACCUUCCGCAAGCCGAUGGCUCACACCAUCACCCGCUGGCAGCAGGACCCGUACUGCUACGGCGCCUACUCCUUUGUACCGCCUCACGGCCGCAAGGCAUACUACGAAUGGAUGUCGUACCCUGUGAGCGGCGAUGCGGCGGCGGAUGCGAAGGCAGUGGAGCAGCGCGGGCUGCACGUCACGGCGCAGACGCGGCUGUGGUUUGCCGGCGAGGCCUCCUCCAAAGACGACGCCUACACCGCGCACGGCGCCUUUGUCACGGGCCACCACCAGGCGAUCCGCAUCAAGCGCUGGUGGCGGCACCACCACGAGCAGCUGGAGCGGUCGCAGCGGGAGGCGGCGGCGGCGGGGGCGGCGGCGGCGCAGGCGCGGCAGCUGGCCAGCCCGCUUCGGCGGCGGCGGGGGGGCUGCGUGGAGGCGGGCGGCGCCUCCCAGCAGUGA